AUGGCACCCGCCAAUUCCACCUCCCCUCAUAAGAGGAAGCUUCCUCCGAGAGCAUCUCCAUCAAGCGUCGAACACUUAGCUCAGAUCUCCUGGCUCAGACCUUAUCUGGACGAUCACGACUUCCGGAUCAUUCCAGAUAACAGGACUGUAACUAACGAUGGACGCGGACACACGCUCAUGGGCAAGACAUGGAACACCGAGUCCACCAUCAAAGCACUUCUCUCUUUCUGGCGCCCACCUCCAGAAGACCUGCGCGGCAAAGACAUCACAGAACUUUCUCUCCCAAUGCCAGAGUCGACGAGACCUGAAGUCCGCAGAUUCUGUACUCUCGGCCCUGAUCUGAACGCUCACCCGGACUUGCUGCAUGGCGGAGUGAUAUCCUGCCUCCUGGACUCCUGCCUUGGUGGAUGUGUAGGCAUGCUGUUGUCACAUUCCAGAGAUGAGAACCCGAUGUUUACAGUGCAACUCCACGUUACCUAUAAGAAACCCAUAAAGACUCCUGGGACCGUCAUGCUCAGGGCGUGGGUUGUGAAGAUUGAAGAAGAGGGCAGGAAGGUGUGGGCGGAAGGUGUGGUCGAAGGCGAAGGGAACAUUGUGCAUGCGAGCGCACAGGGGAUGUGGCUGAGGGCUGGGAAGAAACAGCACAAGUUGUGA